AUGCGCCAACUCCUUGAACUACGAAGUCUUGGUGACUUGCGAGUUCUCCCAGGACGCGUUUGGCGUGAUGUCAAGGAUGAGAUGAUCCGCGAAUACGGUGAACGGUCUGGCCUUCGCUUCCUCCCCAAGCAAGAAGCGAUUGGUGUUAUCAGGAGAUGCCGAGACGCGGCAACAGGUGCUGAUGCCUUUCGAGCGAUUGAGACGGAGCAAGUCCGACGCAUAUCUGAUGAUGACGAGAGAGAAUUUCUCCAGAUGAACCUUGCUUACCCUAUGGAGGGAAAGUUUAGGCGAAUCGUUGGGUUUGGGCAUCCAGACCUAAUUCGACUGAUGAAAUAUCCUGGUAUUACUCUAUUCGUCGACGCCACCUUGAGUGUGACUCCAAAGCCAUUCACUUAA